AUGUCUUUCGAGGACGUGAUAACCAGGGGAGAAGAUUUCCUUCGAGGUGCACCACGAGACUCCCAUCUCUGGAACGCAGCAUCACAUGCAACGUGCUUCGCCAUGAUCGUGGGGUCCAAGUUUUUCUUGAACCUUCUCUACAAGCCAGAACUCCAUCACAUCGACAAGCUCGACGCCGCGUUGGUCAGAGCCAGAUCUGAAAACAGAGGUCUUUUGACGGUAAUGAACCACAUGUCGGUGGUUGACGACCCUACCUUCUACGCCGCCUUGCCCUGGCGGUUCCAUUUCGACGUUGACACCAUCCGCUGGUCUUUUGGAGCCCAUAACAUCUGUUUUUCCAACAGUGCCCUCUCACUCUUUUUCAAUUUGGGUAAGGUAUUGGGCACCAAGAGGUUUGGAUAUGGGCAGUUCCAAGGCUCGGUAGACGCCGCCAUCCGGAUCCUCUCGCCGGACGAUACGCUUGACUUGGAGUUUGCACCCGACUUUAACAAGAAACCCAAGUCGGUGGUGCUUCAAGAGGUGAACAACGGUCCCAUUGCCAAGACGGCCCAACCGGCACCUUUAAUGUCACGACUGCCAUUCAUACGAACCAAGACUUCGUGGUUCCACGUUUUCCCUGAAGGGUUCGUGUUGCAGUUGGAGCCUCCACACAACAACUCGAUGAGGUACUUCAAAUGGGGUGUUUCUCGUCUUUUACUCGAGAGCACCAGGGCGCCAGUUGUAUUACCAAUUUUCAGCUACGGGUUCGAGAAGAUUGCUCCGGAGAACACGGCCGAGGAGGGUAUCAAGCGGUACUUGCCCAGCAAUAUUGGUGCUGAGGUGCACAUCUGGUUUGGCGAUGAGGUAGAGGAUGCAAAAAUAGAGACCUACAGAAGCCGCUGGCGGGGCUUGUGUGCCAAGUACUUCAACCCUAAACAUCCCAACGACUUGUCGGAGGAGCUUCGUACUGGCAAGAAGGCCCAGCAGCUCCGGUCAGAGGUGGCUGCGAUGUUACGAGAAGCGGUUCUCAACGUGCGAAACAGCACAGGCCAUUUCAACCCCGAGGACCCUCGGUUCAAGGACCCAUCGUUCUGGAAGGAGUACACCCGAACAGAGGGAGCGUCGGCGCCGGAUGUGAAGUUUAUUGGUAAGAACUGGGCCAUCAGACGUCUUCAGUCUCAUCUUCCUGAGUACGACCAUUCUGAUGAGUGA